AUGAGCACACUCCCUGAUCCCUCCUCGGUCAAAAUCUACACGGUAAAUGGGGCCGCAUCGGGUUCCUCGUCGUCUCUCCCAGACUGGCUCACACGUAAACGUGCUGCAAAUGCGAAAGGAAAGCGUGCGAUACGAGAACAUGUCGAGGGCACCAUCGAGCUCAUCCAGCACUUCGAGUUCCCGGAGGCGAGCAACCGCAUCAAGACCACACGCGAUGGACACCAUGCGGUAGCGACGGGGACUUACAAGCCACAGAUGAAAGUGUGGGACCUCGACCAGCUCUCCCUCAAGUUCGAGCGGCACUCGGAGGCGGAGAACGUCGACUUCAUUAUGCUCUCGGAUGAUUGGACGAAGUCGAUACACCUGCAGAACGACCGCACGAUCGAGUUGCACACGCAGGGCGGGCUGCACUACCGCACACGCAUCCCGCACUUCGGGCGCGCGCUCGCGUACCAUUUCCCCACCUGCGACGCGCUCUUUGGAGCGUCCGGCGCCGAGGUCUACCGGCUCAAUCUUGAUCAAGGCCGCUUCCUCAACCCACUGGUCCUACAGAGUCCCGGCGAGGAUGACGUGCCGGGCGUGAACGCGAUUGACAUCAAUCCCGCGCACCAGCUCUUUGCGUUCGGCGUGGAGGGCAAUGGGACCGUGCAAUUUUGGGAUCCCCGCUCGCGCGCGAGGGUUGGCGUGUUGAGGCUACCGCGUGAACGCCUUUUACCUGUCAGUAGCUCUACGCAGACAAUGCCGGGCGUCGGGGGCGAACCAUCACCGUCGGUUACGGCUAUAUCGUCCCGUCUGGAUGGGCUCUCGUACGCCAUAGGCACGUCGUCCGGGCAUACUCUCCUGUAUGAUAUCCGUGCUGCGCGUCAUCUAGCGCUGAAGGACCAGGGAUACGGCCUCCCUAUCAAAAAAGUUAUCUGGAUUGAGGGAGGAAGCAGGAUGGCGGGCGACGGGCUCGUGCUUAGCGCCGACAAGAAGGUGAUAAAAAUCUGGGAUCGGAAUUCGCCUGAUACUAAUUUCGCGUCGAUUACACCUGCGUACGACCUAAACGACGUGCACCAUGUCCCCGGGAGCGGCCUGCUCAUGAUCGCCAACGAAGCCAUCCAGAUGACGACGUACUACAUCCCGCAGCUCGGGCCCGCGCCGCAGUGGUGCAGCUUCCUCGAGAACAUCACAGAGGAGCUGGAAGACCAGACGACGCGCACGGCAUACCAGGACUACAAGUUCGUGGAGCGUAGCGAGCUUGCAACCCUGGGCCUCGACCACCUGGUGGGCACCCCUGCGCUCAAGCCGUACAUGCACGGUUACUUCCUCUCGCUCGCGCUCUAUGACGCAGCGCGCGUCAUCGCGAACCCGUAUGUGUACGCAGAGCACCGCGAACGCGUUGUGCGCGAGAAGAUGGAGAAGAUGGCGGAGAGCCGUAUCCGCGCCCGUGCGGACCCGGGCGUGCGUGUCAACAAGGCGCUGGCGGAGAAAAUCAGGAAGGAGGGGGAGCGGGAACGCCGACGAGAAGAGCGGCGUGUGGCCAAGAGGGCACGGGCGGCGGAGGAUGCCGAACAUGUCGAUGUCGACGCGAUGGUCAUCGACGAGGGCGUGGAGGAGGGCAACGGCGUGGACGUCAAUGAGAAGCCAACGUUACUGAGCGACCCCCGGUUCAAGGCUUUGUUCGAGGACGCCGAGUUCCAGGUGGAUGAGAGUAGUCGCGAGUACGCGCUGAUGAACCCGUCUGCAGUCGCGCAGCGGAAGAACGGAGACGCGAGCACGAACAGAGGCAGGACGAAGACAGCGGUGGAGGAGGAGGAAGAGGAGAGUGACAAAAUGUCGUCUGACGGCCUGGGUGAAAGCAGCAGCCAGAGUGAAAGUGAGGAGGACAAGAAAGAAGAAAGCGAAGACAGUGACGCGGCAGACGAACUCUGGCAUGAUGACAUCCGUGCUCGAAUGGCAGCGCGGACAAGUUCCAGGGCGCAGGCGCGUUCCCGACAACCUCAGCAGCGGCAGCCAAACGUCCGCAUGGUCCCUCUGCGCGCGAAGUCUGAUGUCGCCAGCGCUCGUGCGGACAAAGACGCCACCUUUGGCCAGCGGCGGUUCACCGGCGGAGUUGACGCGAAGAGGAAGGGACGCGCACCACCUCGCGAUACUCAGCUUCGGCACAGCGCCGACGGUGGCAUGGAGAUGUCCUUUAUCCCCAAGGCUUCCUCACACCACGCCGACGAUGAUAUCCUCGACGAUGAUCAUGACAACGGGAUGAAGCAGCGGGUGAAAGGUACUGCGCGGAGGAAGGGCGUUGAGACGUUCGGUGCAGGGAUGGAGAGGGGAGGUAGAGAGGAGCAGGAGAUGAGUGAGAGCGAGCGCAAGGGCAGGACGCACAGGCGGAAAGGUAUGCGGAGUGGGAGCAAAAAUACUUUCAGAAGGAUGUGA